CCGAUACUGCUUACAACAAGCCUAUAAGCCUAGAUACAGUAAGCAAAGGCAUUGGCACAGGCGAGCAUCGGUGACACCGGUGCAAUCGGUCGCCCACCACCAAGUGUUUGCCCCUUGCCUCGUUUGACCGCUAUUCUCUUGAAAACAUAAACAUGACUGACGAACUCAUGAAUCACUCAUGAUACGUCUGCCAACGGGCCUUGUUCCGUUGGUGGCGGCCUGGGGCCUUCAGAGCGCGCUUCACAGCGGGCUUGUAUGGCUCCAGUCCAGCCCAGGCGCCAUCGACAAGCUGGCCGCGGCGGGUGCCGAGCGCAUGAAGGCGCUGGGCGACAAGAAGCGGACGGAUGCGAAGAAGCGCAAGGAUGAGAGGACGGCCGAGGCGCCAGCUAAGAAGCACAAGGGCGAUGAGGUGGUAGCCCCGGCUGCCAAGGCCAAGACCGAUGCCAAGACUGCCGCUGAGGGCAAGGCUGCCAAGGUUCCGGCCGCGAAGGCUGGCAAGGCCGCCAGGGGCAAGGCCGCCAGGGGCAACGCCGCCAGGGGCAAGUAGACUGCCAAUGCUGGUGCUACAUGGAUUGUACAAUGUUCGGACUAGGCCUAGUACGGCUUAUUCUGGACUUAGCUACCGAGCAUUAGGAUGUUUGGACCCUGUGUAGACCACCUAGCGGUAGUAUGUUUGGACCCUGUGUAGACAUCCACUCCAGCAUGAGCGAGUGGCAUUUGAGGACUGCUGUGCUGCAUGUGCAUGACAGUGAGACUGUGAUGGGCGACAGAGCGCCUUUGACUGUGAUGCACUUACUGUCAGAUCGUAGUUGCGUGGAAAGCGAGUGAGAUGGUCGGUUCAGGUAAUCCUGAAACAUGUGUGCAGCCAGGGUCCGCCGCAGAGGGAUAGAGGCAGUGUAACGUGCUCUGGAAUGAAGAGUUUCAUGUGUUUCUCCGUGGAUUGUACGGUUCCCCCGUGUUUCUGUUUUCGAAUCGCGUCUCAAGACGCAGUGCGUCUUGUGCAUCGCGUGUGUGUGAGACGCGGCGCGUCUAGGGUAUCAGGCUAGCGUCUGGUGUGACGCAUCGCGUUAGCUAAGACGCGCUCUCCAUGCAAUUGUACCGCGUCACGACUCGCGUUCCAUUGCGUCUCGCAGACGCAGUGAAACGCGCUAUCUGCAAUGGUGCCCCGCUUCACUGUUUCUGGUUGCGUCCCCAUCGCGUCUAUCCCGCGUCUCCCCCGCGUUUCCCCCUUAACGCGCAGCGUCUCGGCGCGUCUGACACCGCGUCUCACAGGUCAGACGCGGCCCAGACGCGCCCAGACGCGCUUUCCCGUUGUUAUAGUGGUGUUUGGGGACGGCUGGGUACACAGGAGAGGUUCCCUUCCGAGUUCCGCGUGGGGACGGCGUGUUCAGUGGCGACUCGGGUAACUGCUGAGCGGAGGACUGAGGACUGCGCGCCGGAAGCAUGCCCAAAAUGUGUUGUCUCUGUGAGUCUUGAAUC